CCCAGGCCCAUGGGUGGUGGCUGUCCGUCUCGCCACCGACAGCUGCUGCUUUCCCCAACCGACUCAGCCUACACGAGCUGCACCUGGGCCUCUCCUGGUUUCAAUGCUGCCUUUUCCCCUCACUCGUCGGAUCCGUUCCCCGGUUCAUCCUCCUAGCCAUCCCUCUGGUAUCCUUAUUUUGAUGCUCUUCCAUCCAGCCCUUGACUGCCCCAAGCCUUCUGUCUUUGCCCCCGCGAGUAUCACGCAGACUGAACUAACCUAUCAUGCGGCGAGCAAAAGCUUAUAUCCCUCGGAGAUCAGCUUUAUCUUUAUUUCGAAAGAAAUAAUAUUGUCCGGCACGGUUUCUGAGCUACUAUUAGAGUAUUUGGCUUCGUUGCGUUUCGCCCAUUUGAUUCUUAAUCUCAUUGAAGUGAAUCCUCCAGACCGUCCAUUACAUUGGCUGAAGGGUAUCUGUUACACGGAACAUACCCGUUCACAAUUUAAUUCCCCCCUCCCCUGACGUCAGUCCUCGCUGUAAGUGAAACCCUGGGUCUGUUUUAUAUUCUUGCAGAGCUUCUCUACAUUGCUCAUUGCUUUGCUUUUCUGUUCCAACGGUCCUUUAACUUACCUUCACCCUCAUCCACUCUUCC